AUGGACGCCUCUUCAAUAGCGGGCUACUUGUCGAUAUUAUGUUGGCUUAUUGUGUUUACACCACAAUUAUGGGAAAAUUAUACUAGAAAAAGUGGUGAUGGUCUAUCGGUCACCUUUUUGGUAAUCUGGUUAGCAGGCGAUGUGUUUAACUUGUUAGGCGUUAUUAUGCAGGAUUUGCUAGUAACAAUGUUCGUACUUGCGUUAUAUUAUACCGUUGCGGAUAUGGCAUUGAUCUGGCAAGUCUUUUACUAUAAGAAGAAGCGAUCACAGCAUAAGCAUUAUCACAAAAGGAGUUUUAGUGAUGAAGAGCACGUUCAUAUACCACAUCAAUCACAAAUUUCUACUUUUGCAUUCUUCAAUGCAGUUUCAUUUUUAUCCAUGUUUCUGGUGACAACUUUCUCGUGUUACAGUUACUAUCAAGUACACAAUUCAGACAAAGUGGGCAAUGAAAUCGAAUGGCUGCCACAAGUCAUGGGAUGGACGAGUGCUGUCUUGUACGUAGGAAGCCGUAUACCACAAUUAGCAAAGAAUUGGAAGAGUCAAAGCACGGAGGGACUCAGCAUGGGUAUGUUUUUCUGUGCUGUUAUGGGCAAUGUGUUAUUCUCUGCUUCUAUCUUUUUGAAAUCGACAGAGAGAAGUUAUCUCUUGAUGAAUCUUUCUUGGCUAGUAGGCAGUUGUGGCACCUUGCUAUUUGAUUUUAUUGUAAGUUACAAAUAUCUGCUACGUGUAUAUAUUUGA